GUGACCGUUGCUAGGAUACGCGGCGUCGCGGGGGUACUCUGAGGCCUGGCUCUUGGGCUGCGCACUGGUGAGCGGUGAAAUGCGGGGCUGGCGCUCCCGUUGACUCCUCAGAAAGAAGUUCACGUCGCGGGGACCUAGCGGCGCCCCAGUCGCACCAGGCAAGUGGGUAAAGUGAACAAUGGCCAGUAAUCACAAAUCUUCAGCCCCUCGCCCUAUUUCUCGGGGUGGAAUGGGACUAACAGGAAGGCCUCCUUCUGGAAUAAGACCCCCGUCUGGCAAUGUUCGAGUGGCGACUGCAAUGCCACCAACAACAGCAAGACCAGGUUCUCGUGGUGGUCCCUUAGGGACUGGUGGAGUUUUGUCAUCUCAAAUCAAAGUUGCUGAUCGUCCUGUGACCCAACAAGGUUUGAGUGGAAUGAAGACUGGCAUGAAAGGUCCCCAGAGGCAAAUUUUAGACAAAUCUUACUAUCUUGGACUUCUUAGGAGCAAAAUAAGUGAACUUACAACUGAAAUUAAUAAGCUUCAGAAAGAAAUAGAAAUGUACAACCAAGAAAAUUCAGUGUAUUUGUCAUAUGAAAAGAGGGCAGAGACAUUAGCUGUUGAAAUUAAAGACUUUCAAGGACAACUGGCAGACUACAACAUGUUGGUAGAUAAACUUAAUACCAAUACUGAAAUGGAAGAAGUAAUGAAUGAUUACAACAUGCUUAAAGCUCAAAAUGAUAGAGAAACACAAAGUAUGGAUGUCAUAUUUACCGAAAGACAAUCGAAGGAAAAACAAAUCAGAAGUGUAGAAGAAGAAGUUGAACAAGAAAAGCAAGCAGCAGAUGGCAUUAUCAAAAAUAUGUCUCCUGAAAAACAAGUCAAGUACAUAGAAAUGAAAACCACAAAUGAGAAACUGUUGCAGGAAUUAGAUACACUUCAGCAACAACUAGAUUCUCUGAACAUGAAAAAGGAGAGCCUAGAAACUGAAAUAGCACACUCCCAAGUAAAACAAGAGGCUGUAUUGCUGUAUGAAAAACUUUAUGAGUUAGAGUCCCAUCGAGAUCAAAUGAUUGCAGAAGACAAAAGCAUGGGAUCGCCAAUGGAGGAAAGGGAGAGAUUGCUUAAGCAGGUUAAAGAAGAUAAUCAGGAAAUAGCCAGCAUGGAGAGACAGUUAACAGAUAUAAAAGAAAAAAUAAACCAAUUUAGUGAAGAAAUUAGACAACUUGACAUGGAUUUAGAGGAGCACCAAGGUGAAAUGAAUCAAAAAUACAAGGAGCUUAAAAAAAGGGAGGAAAAUAUGGACGCUUUUAUAGAGACUUUUGAGGAAACGAAGAAUCAGGAACUAGAGCGGAAGGCACAGAUAGAAGCCAGCAUCAUCACACUGUUAGAGCAUUGCAGUCGGAAUAUAAAUCGUAUGAAACAGAUAUCCUCCAUCACCAACCAAGAGCUAAAGAUGAUGCAGGAUGACCUCAGCUUUAAGUCAACUGAGAUGCAGAAGUCACAGACAACAGCUAGGAAUUUGACUUCAGUUUCGGAUUUUGAAGUCUGGUCUUUUUACAAGGUAAAGACAUGUAGUGUGAUGUUCUCACAGUGCUUGGUAGUAGCCACAGCCAUAGCUUCUAGGAGGCAAUGUGAUUAUGAGGUUAAGCAGUCAUCUCUUACAAAAUUGCAUCAAGAAAGAACAGUAUUGUCAACUCACAGAAAUGCCUUUAAGAAAAUAAUGGAGAAGCUGACCUCAGAUUAUGAGACCCUUAAAACGCAACUCCAAGACAAUGAGACACAUGCUCAGCUUACAAAUCUGGAGAGGAAGUGGCAGCACCUGGAGCAAAAUAAUUUCGUAAUGAAAGAGUUCAUAGCAACCAAGAGUCAAGAGAGUGAUUACCAGCCGGUGAUUAAAAAUGUGAUGAAGCAGAUUGCAGAGUAUAAUAAAACCAUCAUGGAUGCUCUACAUAAUGCCAGCAGAAGCUGAAGCUGAGCCGACUGAGUCUGCAAGCAUCCUCAAGGAUGCUAAAAGUGAAUUAGCUUCCCCUUGAAGAGUUAGAGCCCAGCUUCUUGAAUGCCCUGGCUUUGUGAUCUCCCUGAAGGAGAGAUAGCUUGUAUAGUUGAAUAAGUCAAUAAAAUGUUUGCAUAUAAAUAA